AAAUGUAAUUCUGAAUUGCUAGAUCCUUCUGUAAUGACAUUCGUCGCUGAAUAGUGACGUCGUUUCUGCAACCAUGGCGGCAGAGGGUUCAGACAUGAGCAGCAACGGGGAUGUGGACUCGGAGCUAGAAACUCUCGUAGCUGCUGAGUCUGCGUCUAGAGAAAUCCCUGAAAUUCCGGAGUCUGUGGCUGAAAUUCCAGAGCCCUUCGCUGAAGUUCCAGAACAUGUGGCCGUAAUUCCUCAGCCCAUGGCCGAAGUUCCAGAACCUGUGGCUGAAGUUCCGGAGCCUGUGGCUGAAGUCCCAGAGCCUGUGCCUGAGACUUCAGAGGAAAAUGGGGGCAGUGCUACCACAGCAGCAUACGCGGUGCCCCUGGAGGAAGGCGACGAAGACGAAGAUGGGGAGCUGCCGGUUGAUUUUGAGAGACUGUGGAGGGUGGCCCACGACAAUCCGCAGGAAUUCUCUAGCUGGACUGAACUGCUGCAGUACUGUGAGCAAGAGGGUCACAUGACUGCCUCACGUCGGGCGCUUGGGGCAUUCCUGGCAAGAUACCCACUUUGUUAUGGCUACUGGAAGAAGUUUGCAGACCUGGAAAGGCGUGCUGGAAACACAAACAGAGCACAGGAGGUGUGCGUGCGAGGUCUGAAGGCGAUCCCUCUGAGUCUGGACUUGUGGAUCCACUACAUCACCCUGCUGCAGGACACACUCAACAUGAACCUACCAGAAUCCACGCAGCGCAUUCGCAGCGCGUUCGAGUCGGCCGUGGCGGCCGCCGGCACGGAGUUCCACUCGGACCGCCUGUGGGAGAUGUACACGGAGUGGGAGAGGGAGCAGGGCGACCUGCGGGCCGUGACCGCCGUCUACGAGAGGGUGCUGAGGAUCCCCACCCAGCUGUACUCGGGGCACUUCGAGAGGUUUAAGGCUUUUCUGUUGGCCCACCCUCCGCGGGACGUCCUGUCUCCUGAGGAAUUCAAGCGCCUGCGUUUGGAAUUUCAGCAGAGCCAGGGGGAAGGGACCACGCCCGCAGAGGGGGAGGAGGAGAGGCCCCCCGGGGAGGACAGCCCCGGCGACACUGCCGCUGGGCACCAGUAUACGGAAGAACAGGUGCAGAAGAUGCAGGAGCUCCUGUUGGCCAGCAGGCAGAAGGUGUACCAGCAGACUGAGAUGGAAGUGGGGAAGAGGUGGAACUUUGAGGAAGCUAUAAAAAGGCCUUACUUCCACGUGAAGCCCCUGGACCGGGCCCAGCUGAAGGCCUGGCAUUCGUACCUGGACUGGGAGAUCAGCGAGGUGGCCCUGGAGGGUCAGGACAAUGCCGCGGAGGGCCAGGAGGGGGCGAGCGUGAGCAGGGGCAGCCACAAGCGGGUGCUGGUGCUGUUCGAGCGCUGCCUGAUCGCCUGCGCGCUGUACGAAGAGUUCUGGACCAAGUAUGUGCAGUACCUGGAGAAGCACAGCGUGGAGGAAGCGCGCAACGUGUACCGCAGGGCCUGUGAGAUCCACCUGUCGCACAAGCACAGCGUGCACCUGCAGUGGGCCACCUUUGAGGAGAGGCAUGGCAACAUCCUUGAAGCUCGCCGGGUUCUGGAGAACUUGGAGCGGGCCAUGCCGGGGCUGGCCAUGGUGCGGCUGCGGAGGGCGGGGCUGGAGAGGCGCACCGGCCGGUUGGACCAGGCGGAGGCGCUGCUGCGGGAGGCGGUGCAGCAGAGCAAGGACUCGCCCUCCCUCCACGCCUUCUACUCCAUCAAACUGGCCCGGCUGCUGCUGAAGCUGUGCAAGAACGCAGCCAAGGCCAAGAGCGUGCUGCUGGAGGCCAUCGAGCUGAGCCCGGACAACGGCAAGCUGCACUUGAAUCUCCUGGAGCUGGAGGUGGCGGGGGACACGCGGGGCAACGGGGCGGGGGUCCAGCAGUGCGUGAGCCGGGCUCUCGCCGCCCCCCUGUCCCCUCGGACAAAACUGCUCUUCUCACAGCGGGGGCUCCAAUUCGCCGAGGACUUCGGGGCCACGGUGCAGGGUGUGUUAACGGUCUACGAUGAACACCAGAAGCUGCUGAAGGAAAUUGGCAGUAGGAAGAGGAGCGCUGAGAAUGGGGAUAAUGAUGACCCCGAGAAAGUCAGCAAAUUGGAGGACAGCUCUGCCAUGUCUGCGCCUUCCAUGGCCACGCCCCCAGUCGCACCGCCAGUUCCCAUGACAGCGCCCCCUCCCCCCAUGAUGGGUGGAGACAUGAGCGGCUCACAUUCCGCAUAUGGCUAUGGAGGCUGGUAUCAGCAACAGCAAUACGGAGGUUAUGGCUAUCAGAACCCUUGGAACUACAAUCAAUACUACCCUCCCAGCUAGGGGAGCCACAGAGAGCAGACAUUACAAGCAAUUUUGGGAGCUGUUUAGCAUUCUUGGCUCCACAGAGCUAAGACUCAUUUUCAGCAUGUAAGAGCCUGUAAAAUAUAUAGUAUAAAAAUCUGACCGACAGUUGGUAGUAUGGAUGGGGUAGACAUUUUUUAUUCUAUGUAGAAAUUGCUCAAGAUCUAUUCAGCAAACAACGUGUGCCCUCAUAGGUUCAGAAUGCAUUUUACAGGAAAAGACUGAGAGGAACCACUUCAGUGUGAUUCAGAUGUUUAACUGUUGAACUGUGAUUGGCAGCUCAUCCCAAUAUGCAAGGCUGUCGUCAUUUAAUGCAUUUGGUGUUUUUAACUGAACAAACUGCCCUAAUUCAAAGGCAAUUUUGAUGUCUUUUUUCCGGUCUUUAAGCAAAAAUGUACAAUUCCAUUAUCCAGAUUUCUAUAAUGUACUGUCACCAGUUCCACUCCACAAUCCAAAUUCACAGUUUUGACAUUGUUUGGCUGUUUCUAUUUCGGAACAGUUGUCAUUUAACUUUGCUCCUCACUCUUGGGCACCUUGGAAAAUGGGCUUGGUCAGAAUGAGUGAGUUGUUUUACGCCCUUACCCAGAGUGGCUCUGAUUGGCCCAUGUGUGGAGUAACUGACGCUGCUGGCUUCAAGGUGCACCAGUGAAGCUUCAAACAUGAAACACAUUUUGCUUCAUCAGUUCAAGCUUCAGAGGAUUGCUCUGAGUUGCUGUUGGUCUGGGUUCUGCUGCUUCUCAUUUUGAGCACAGCGCAAAGAUAUUUUUCAAGGUGACAACAGGUUUUAUUCUCAAGCAGUCUUUUAGCAUAAGGGGCGUUCCAUUUUGGCACUGUAGAACAUUCCAGAGUUAGCGUAGAUUUUUUUUAAUGUAUAUAAAUGUUUCUCUUUUUAUGAUUUGAAAACCAUGGCGUGUUCUUGGUAAGAGGAUUAACGAAUCGCCAGAGUUAUAGUGAUGACUUCCAAAGACCCCCCUUCCACCAUUUUUUUGUUUUUUUUGCAUUACAUAUCACUUGCUGUGCAGAUACUUCUCAAACCAUAUUUGGAGUUACACUAUUCUUUUUCCAAAUGCAUUUGCAUAAAGCGUGGCAUGAGAAAUACAAGUAGAUUCUUUUUUUUUCAAUGAAACUUGAAAUGAUGUACAGGAACAAACCCAAUACAAUUUUUCGAUGCAAAUCUAACAAGAUUCAAGUCAGGACUAUGCAGUACUGUCCCAGGUGUAUGGUUAAAUCUGACUCACAUAAAAUAUUCUGCUCUAAAUUGCCUUGGAAGUCACUCAAACACUGUUUUCUGUACGUUAAAUCCAUUCCAUUUUUACUGACCUCAGCGGAGGCCCAAACUGUUCACUUAGAAAUUUGCACAGUCUGUACAGCAUACAAGUGUCAAUGUUCGUUUUAAUUCAAGAACGAUAAACUUUUUAACUUCCAACGUUGCCUGCAUAUUUUUAUACAAAAUAAAACAGUUGGUGUACCAUAAUCUGUUUUCUGUAAUUGUCAUUUAUUGUAAUUGUUGAACAAUAAAGCGUACGUACUUGC